AUGGUUUUCCUGCUGAUCUUCCUCGCGCUGGGCGUAUCAGCGUCGAAGAAGCCUCCGAACAUUAUUUUCAUGCUGGUGGAUGAUCUGGGAUGGGACGAUGUUAGCUUCCACGGAUCCCCCCAAAUUCCUACUCCCAACAUGGACGUCCUUGCUGGAGACGGCGUCAUCCUCAACAACUACUAUGUUCAGCAUCUCUGCACACCAUCAAGGGCCGCGCUUAUGACAGGACUGUAUCCAAUCCACAAUGGGCUUCAAGAUUUUGUGCCUAAUGUUGCCCAGCCAUAUGGACUGCCGCUGUACCUGAAAGUUAUGCCACAGUUCUUCAAAGACAUGGGCUACGAGACACACAUGAUUGGAAAGUGGCACCUUGGCUAUUUCAGAAAGGAAUAUACGCCUACGUACAGAGGAUUUGACAGCUUCUAUGGUUACUACAAUGGCGGAGAAGAUUACUACAAUCAUUCGAUUACUAAUGACAAUCGCACUGGACUCGACUUUUGGCUGAACACGGAACCACUGUUCAAUGAAACCGGAAAUUACUCAACUCAUCUGUUUACGGAGCGAGCCAAAUUCCUCAUCAAGUCCCGCAAUGCUGCGAAGCCGUUAUUUUUAUACCUGGCCUAUCAGUCGGUUCAUGGACCUCUUGAAGCGCCGGAGGAAAACAUUAUGAAAUUUCCCUACAUAGGAGAAGAAAACAGAACCAUAUUUGCUGGAACAGUCGACGCCCUUGACCAGUCAGUAGGGGAAGUGCUUGAGACCCUGUAUGAAGCCGACAUGCUGGAUAAUACCAUCAUCGUCUUAAGCACCGACAACGGCGGGCUUCCUUUCGGCGAUCACUCCAACCGAGGUUACAACUUCCCCUUGCGUGGAGCAAAAGGGACACUUUGGGAAGGGGGCACCAGAGGCAGCGCCUUCAUCUGGAGUCCUCUACUCAACCAGAACCGGAGGGUGUCCGACCAGAUGCUGCACAUCACCGACUGGCUUCCUACUCUCUACUCUGCUGCCGGAGGCAACCCAGUAAGCCUGGGGAAAGUGGACGGCUACGACAUGUGGACUCAACUCUCUUACAACCUGCCUUCUUCGCGCUAUGAGGUCCUGUACAACAUCGAUCCCACCGAUUUAAACUCGGCCCUACGGUACACCAAUUACAAGCUGGUCCUGGGAACGUACGAGGAUGGGGAAUUCGACCAGCGAUUUCGAACGACGGGAGGCUCUCGUCCAUACGGAGACUUGGAAAUCGCCAUGGCGCAGUCGAAGGCCGCCAGGGUCUUGAAAGGUUUCUACAACAGGGGCAACUUUUUGCUGCCGCGUAACUGGAGGCAGAAAGCGACCGUCAACUGCGUCAGCAACAACGGGCCUAAAAACUUUGUGUCGCAAGCUCCUCCGUACUUGUUCGACCUAACCAAGGAUCCGUGCGAACUAAACAACAUUGCAAACGCAGAGGCUGGACUUGUCGAUUUUCUGAAGCAACGACUGCAGAGCUACGCUUCGUCCUCAAUUGCUCCGCUAAACAAGCCGACGGACCCCAGAGGAUAUCCUGAAAACUUGAAUGGAACGUGGGGCCCCUGGAUACAAUGA